AAUAUUUCUCAGACCAGACUGAAAAAUGACAUGAUUGUUACCUGUUGUUUUCUUUAACCUGUUUUUCCGUCAACAAUUAUUAAUUGGAAGAAUUUCUGGUGAUGGGUAUUGAGAAGAAGCACUAAUUGGAUUUUGUUUAUUGGAGUUACAGUCAAUUCAAUUUCCUUUUAUACAAAAGUGAACGAAACAAAGGUUACUUUUUAUGACACAUGAUACCAACCUUGAGGAGAUACUUACUGUUCUAUUAGGAAAAAUCUUGAUUAAAAAGUGAAAAAUUAUUAAAAAAAACAUUACUGAACAAGAAAAACAUGUAAGGUUUUUUCGUUAGUAAGUGAAAUAUCAGAGCAUUUUGACAAAGUAAGUGGUUAAAACAGGAGGGGGUAUGGGUAAUUCGUGUAUCAGAAAGGAUCGAGAUGAGAGAGCGUCUCAGCCCUACACACGUUCCAACCAUUCAAUCACGAACCCCUCUAAUAGGAAUUCCCAUGAGGCCUGUCAAAUACGUCACAGGAGUCGAGGUCACGAGACAGCGAGCGGGCAUGAGGGAUCGACUGGUAUGAGAAAUUCUCUGUUCCAUUCUGCUCAGGAAACCUUUUUACCCAUCUACUCAACUGAUGAUCUUGUGUUGGACACUUUAGCUGUAAUACGCAACCUUGUUGACAAUGAGCAAGAACCACCGCCUUCAAUGCUAAAACUACAUCGAAUUGCUGAAACUGAGAGUGGAUGGAUCCAAGUGGUUACAUCGAUGGUGAAUGUAAUACCUCUACAUGACCCCUUGGGUCCAGCUGUCAUCACACUCCUCAUCGAUGAAUGUCCCCUCCCUACCAAGGAGGCAGUUGAAAGGUUGUCUAGUAUUUUGAAUGUGUCAAGGUCGGCUACAAAAUCAGCUCACCAUAUGCCUGCCAGACAUAGAAACAUCUGCACAGUGCUUGGUUGUAUUGCUGAAAAACUUGCAGGCCCAAAUAGUAUAUCCCUGCUCACAAAGAAUGUAUUAGACUACCUGUUGUCCCUUUUGGAUGGUAGAUUUGAUGCUGUAGUGUUACUGUUUGCACUUAUUGCAUUAGAAAAGUUUGCACAAACAAGUGAGAACAAACUUACAAUCAAGGAAUAUGGUAUAUGUGAAAUUUUGUUAAGACUUGAAAAAUAUGCGAACAAUGCUGAUUUGAAGUAUCGACAAGUGGGUUUCUGUGCUCAGUGGAGCUUAGACAACUCAUUUAUAUUACCAGGCAGAAGAUUUACAUAUGAGAAAAUUUCACUUGAGGAUUGUAAUGCUAUGUUGAAUGACCAGGAUGUUAGUGAAUAUCUUAAGAUCUCACCAAAUGGAGUAGAGGCCCGAAGUGAUGCUUCGUCGUUUGAAAGCGUACGUUGCACAUUUUGUGUGGACUCUGGCGUAUGGUACUACGAGGUAACUGUGAUAACUGUUGGCGUUAUGCAGAUUGGUUGGGCAACUAAAGACAGCAAGUUUUUAAAUCACGAAGGAUAUGGUAUUGGUGAUGAUGAAUAUUCGUUUUCAUAUGAUGGUUGUAGGCAGUUAUAUUGGUACAAUGCUAAAAGCAGACACCAUGGUCACAAACCUUGGAAACCAGGAGAUGUUAUAGGAUUUCUACUAGACCUUGAUUCGCACCAGAUGAUAUUUUCACUCAAUGGAAAUAGCUUAGCACCAGUAUCUGAUGUAUUUAAUGCAGCUCAGAAUGGAUUCUUCGCAGCGGCGAGCUUUAUGUCUUAUCAACAGUGUGAAUUCAAUUUUGGAAUGAAUGCUUUUAAGUACCCACCACGAAUUCCAUUUCUAAACUUUAAUGAUCAUGCCAGGCUUUCAGAAGAAGAUAGAAUUAUUUUACCAAGGCCUAAGAAACUUGACAGGAUAAGGCAUCUCAGUGUUACAGAAGGAGCUUGCACCCUUUGCUUUGAUAGGAGAGGGUGUAUAUCGCUAAAACCGUGCAAUCAUGGAGGCAUGUGUAUGGAGUGUGCCAUGCAGCUGGAAGUAUGUCCAAUGUGCCGGGCCUAUAUUGAUUCCAGAGUUGAAACAAGGUUUGAUGAGCGACGAUAGCAUUGAAUGAAGUAGGAAAAUCAUAGUACCUUCAACCACUGCAAUCCGUCUACAUUUUUCACUACAGUUUUCCAAUAUCUAGAUUUUAUAUUUCAACUGUCAAUGGUACACACAUUUCAUAGAGUACACUUUGUACUGAUUAAACUUCAGUUUAAUUGUUACUUGUAAUUUUGUUACAAAUGGUACUGGACUGGUAUUCUUACUUCGAAGGCUACUGGUAUUCUAGCUACCAGGGGUAUUGGUAUUCUUGCUACUUAAGGAUACUUUUUUUCUUUCUACCAAGGAUACUGCUGUUCAUGCUACUAAGGGUAUUGGUAUUCUUGCUACAUAAGGGUACUGGUUUCCUUGCUACCAAGGAUACUGCUGUUCUUAACUUCAAUGAUACUGUUGUUCUUGCUACCCAUGGCACUGGUAUACAUGUUACUAAUUUCAGUGGUAUUCUUGCUACUAUGGGUACCAGAAUUCUUGCUACAAAGGAUACCACUGCUGUUGCUACUAAGGGUACUGCUCUUCUUGUUACCAAGGAUACUGGUACCUGUAGUAUUGAUAACUUUAUAAUAUACCAAAUUUACCAGUCAAGUGUGUUCCAGUCUUAUUUUUAUAGAAUACACUUUGUACUAUCAGUUUGAUUACCUGAAAUUUCACUUAGUCAUUGACACUUUGAUCAUUGUAGUAGAUAUCAAUGAAGUAACAUUUCCAAAAUGAGUAAUGAUGUUAUUGAAGGCAUCCUCAGAAUGGCGCCAUUGAUCAUGAAACAGCAGAUGCGAUGCUGUGUUUAUAAUAUUUUAAAUAAAUGAUGAAUAUGAUGAAUGACAAUAUAUUUAUGUAAAUUUAUAUAGAUCACUUUCUUCCACAUUUUCUCAAAUUUCACAUAUCAUCAUUAUUUACUUAUUUUGUUUUUGUUUAUUUUUAUAAGGUGUUUUUUCUAGUUGCCAUGUGUCAGCUGCAAAUUUGUGAUAAAUUUGUUGCUCACAUCAGGAACUAACACAAUCAAAGUAGAUUGUGUUAGUUCGUGAAAUCACAGUAGCGCGUCAAAACGAGCGUGCAUUGGUUGUCAAGCAAUUUUGUAUUCUUUACCACACAAAAAGUCCUUAACAACAACAGCGCGUAUUUUGACGCGCUUUCUUGAUUUCACGAACUAACACAGUUUACUUUGAUGUGUUAGUUCAUGAUGUGAGCGACGAAUUGUAGCAUUGGUUUAUGUAUUAUUGACCUUUCGCUAAGCCCCACCCCUUGGAUACUGUUGCUAAGGUCCCACAAAAUGACGGUUGAAACAUUCGCAAACACGUGCGUUUGUGGAACAACAUGUGUGUUUAUGAGACACGUGCAUAUUCCUAGCUCUGUUCUGAUUGGUCAGUUGUCAAGUUUGAUUGACACUCCGGAAAGGUCUGUUGCUAUGCGCUGCUGCAUAUCGGUCCAUGAGGAAACAAUAAAUACAUCAAGAUGAUGUAGAGAGAACCUCAAAGUUUUUGUUUUGGUAAAUUUCAUUUAAAUUUUGAAAGCAUAGUUUCGAGACAAUCAAGCAACUUGAGCUCAUGUACCUGUUUUGAAUUCACUGAUAUGCUACAUAUUUUAACACAAUUACAACUUAUUAGGACAUGUUUUUUUUUUUAUUUUCUGCUUCUCUGAUAACUUGAUGUAAUUUUGCAAUUUCCAGCAAUGUGUUACCAAUCUGUAAUAGACACCUAUUGUUGCUAUCAAGGGUAUUCUUGCUGAAAAUACUACUGUUAUACUAAUUUACACAUAAAAGUAAUGGCAUUCUUGCUACCAUUAAUACCAGAGUUCCUGCUACUAAAAGUAGCAGUAAUACUAUCAGUGGUACAUAUAGUGUUAUAAGUAUAAGUAUAUAAUACCUCUGUGGUGGUAGCAAUAUUCUUCUUAAACAAGGUUAUUGGUAUUCUUGCUACAAAAGAUUCCAAUGUUUUAAGGGUACUGGUAUACAGGUAUUCUGCUAUUAAUGGUAUUGGUAUCUUGCUACCAUUGGUAAGAUGAAAUGCAGCUGAUAAAUUCAAAUUAGUUGCCUUGUAGUCAAGCACCACAAAUGCAUACAGUAGUGGCAGAUCAACAGGUUGGAACAUUCACCUGUGCAAUUUUAUAUGUUAAUGAGCAGUUAUGUAGCACCUUUGCUUUUGAUUAGAAAGUGCUGUAAAAGUUAUUUUGAUUUUCAAAAAUGCUAAAAUAGAUUUUUACUGGCAGCACCAUGCCCUCUCCUUCGUGUCUUACUCCUUGUUUUCAACACCUUGUUUUAAAAAUCCAGGAUCUAUUGCACCCACCUCGAUACCAUGAACACUUUUGGCACUCAUUCUUUUUACCAUUAUGACCACACCUUAAGGAUGAUGCCAAGAUUGACCCGACAGGGGGACUGACCCGUUUUGCAGAGGGUGGGAUGGAGAUCAACAGGAAGAUAACACAUGCCAAUACAGUAUACUCAAAAAUUUGUUAGACCGAUUUAACAAAUUUGCAUUUUCUUGAUCUUCGAGGGCUUAACCCCGCUCACACCUUGCACUAAGUGUAGUUUCUAUUGUUCCUAUAUAUUCUACAAUAAUUUGACUGUAUAUCAGUCGGUCUUAGUAAUUUACAUUUCAACAGAAUUUGAUACUUAAAAAGUUUCUUUUUGUUAAAUGAAUUUAGGCUCUAUAUUGGGUCUAUGUAUGUGAUCGCAGCAGAUCAAACCAAAUGGAAAAAUGAGAUACGCGAUGUGAAACAAAAAGCGUUAGUGUUUUAAAAGUUAGGUUCAGGAUACUAUUUUGCAGGAAUCAGUUCUAUUACAUUUUUAUUAGGUAAUAAAUGUAUUGUUAUUUUUAUUAAUAUUAUUACUUUGAUGAUUAUUAUUAUGUGUACAGUAUCUAUAAAAUCUAGGCCAGGCCUGCAGUAUAACGAUGGUUGUAUUGCCAUAUUAUUGAUUCAGUUGUUUGCUCAAAUUUUAAAAUAUUUUCAAAAAAUUAUAUUAAAUGUAUGUGUUUUGCAUUUUAACCUGUUAAAAUUUUAUAAUUUGCAUAUUUGAAAAUAUUUAUUCUUGAUAAAAAUUGAGGGAAAAGAGUUGUAAUUAUCUAUAAGAUCAUGUGAUAGAUCUAACCUUAGCUACUCUCAAAGUACCACGGAUUGACCGUACUUUUCAUAGUAUGUUUACAAUGUUUGUGUUUGAAAUUUAUUAUGUAAAUUAUGUAUUUAUGUGCUUUUGGGGAAAUGUUAAUAACAAACAGUGAUAUUUUAUCCAAGAAAUAAAGUUCAUCAGCUAGUGUAUUAAUUAU